CCACUCCACCAACCGGGAAGGAAGUAUGCAACGCCCCGUGACGUCAUCCCCCUCGCCGUCGUGCUACUCUCGCUUCUGGUCUUCCGCCACCAGGUCGAAGCCGAUCUCCCCGCCGCCGGACUCCUCCGUCCGCGACAGCCUUGCGCGGCGGUUAGGCCUCUUCGAUCUCAUUUUGAUCGGCGUCGGAGCCUCCAUCGGCGCCGGAAUAUUUGUCGUCACCGGCACCGUCGCCCGUGACACCGGUCCCGGAGUUACACUUAGCUUCAUCAUUGCAGGAGCAUCUUGUGUUCUGAAUGCUCUCUGUUAUGCUGAACUAGCUUCUCGUUUGCCUGCGGUUGUUGGGGGAGCAUACAUGUAUGCUUACUCGGCUUUCAACGAGCUCACAGCUUUUUUAGUGUUUACUCAGCUGAUGCUCGACUAUCAUAUUGGUGCUGCUAGCAUAGCACGUAGCUUAGCCGGCUAUUGGGUUUCUGUCUUGGAGCUCAUUCCCUUUCUCAAUGAUAACAUUCCAAGUUGGGUUGGGCAUGGAGACACAUUUCUUCAUGUAUUCUCGAUUAACAUCUUUGCUCCUAUAAUUCUAGGCCUCCUCACGGUAGUGCUGUGUCGGGGUGUAGGAGAGUCUUCAAUAUUGAACUCAAUCAUGACCGUGACAAAGGUACUCAUUGUUAUCUUUGUCAUAAUUGCUGGAUCGUUUAAGGUUGACGUUGCGAAUUGGACUCCCUUUGCACCAAAUGGUGCCAAGUCAAUAUUGACAGGAGCAACUGUGGUCUUCUUUGCAUAUGUAGGAUUUGAUGCAGUUGCUAAUUCUGCGGAAGAAUCCAAGAGACCGCAGAAGGAUUUACCAUUAGGCAUCAUUGGCAGCCUCAUGAUCUGUGUCGGGUUGUAUAUCGCUGUUUGCUUAGUGAUUACUGGAAUGGUUCCGUACGAACAUCUAGGAGAAGAAGCACCUUUGGCUAAUGCUUUCACCUCCAAGGGCUUGAAAUAUGUCUCAGUCCUAAUUAGCUGCGGUGCGAUUGCUGGACUUACAACAACACUCUUAGUUGGGCUCUAUGUUCAGUCUCGGUUAUAUCUCGGACUUGGAAGAGACGGUUUACUACCAGCUAUAUUUGCCAAAGUCCACCCGGCGCGACAAACUCCAGUACAUUCACAAGUUUGGGUUGGUCUUAUUGCUAGCAUUUUGGCAGGUUUUCUUAAUGUUCACGUGCUCUCACACGUUCUCUCAGUUGGAUCCUUGACAGGGUAUUCAGUUGUUUCAGCAUGUGUGGUUACCCUACGCUGGAAGGACAAUAAGACAUCUAACGCGGAUUCUACUAAGCGUAUUUCUAAUAGGGCGGAAGGCAUCUUUUGCCUCGUUGCAAUUGCCUGUUGCGGUUGUGCUACUGGCAUCCUCUUCCGAUUUGGUGCUUCAUUUGUUUACCUCAUAAUAGCUUCUGUGAUUGCAGUGUUUGCUGGUGCAACUCUCUACCUACGACAAGCUUAUACUGAUCCACCAGGUUUUUCUUGUCCCGGAGUUCCAAUACUUCCGUCAAUCAGCAUUUUCAUCAAUAUCUUUUUAUUCGCUCAGCUCCACUAUGAAGCCUGGGUGAGAUUCGUUGUCCUAAACAUUGUUGCGCUAGGCGUUUAUGCAUUUUACGGCCAGUUUCACGCCAAACCUGGUUCUGCUGGUGAAGUUUAGAUUCGUAACUAAUGACUGGGCCUUUUCAGCGAUCACGGUAUCAAAUCCAUCUCCAUCAGUUACACACUUAUGAAUCAAAUAAUACAUCGUCCCAACAAUCUUGUAAAUUGUAAAUUUGCUUUUGAGCACGGCAUGUAUUUAUACUUGUGUACAUAAAUAAUGAGAAAUAAUAUGCUGCAUAUCUUAUGUAAGCACCUUAUGUGA